UUUUAAUCUGAUCUCUUCUCCACCUUCUUUGCGUUCCUUCUUACCCUCUUUGCCAUCUUCUUCUUCAACCAACGACAGAUAAAGACUCGGCUCCAUCUCUACUGGUCAUGAGCUUUCUGUUCACGUCUGGGAGACAGCCAUUGAAAAGAUAAAGAGACAAAUGGUGAUGUUCCAGACGAAGCUAUCUCCGAACAAUGCUCCCGGAAACGAGGAGACUCCGUCCAGAGACGACCAAGAAACUGGCUCCACUUCAUCCAUGUCGAGAACCGGGGAUUGUUCAUCGAAACGGAGGCUGUUUCGUUGUUUCCUUGGUGAUAUGGACUUGAACCCAUUACGUAUUGUGAUGGCGGAGAUGGUGGGGACAUUCAUUCUGAUGUUCAGCGUCUGCGGAGUAAUAGCGACGACAAGACUCACCGGAGGACACGGCGGCUUGCUCGAGUAUGCGGCCACGGCCGGAUUCUCGGUAGUGGUCGUCAUUUACGCCGUCGGACACAUCUCCGGUGCCCACGUCAACCCCGCCAUCACCAUCGCCUUUGCUGCCUUUGGCGGUUUCCCUUGGUCCCGGGUACCGUUUUAUAUAGGAGCUCAAACGCUGGGUUCGGUCGUGGCGACGUUGAUGGGGAUGUGGAUAUACGGAGUGAAGGCCGAGGUGAUGGCCACGAGGCCUGCGUUUGGAUGCGCGUCUGCGUUCUGCGUCGAGCUAAUCGCCACGGGGAUUGUAGUGUUUCUCGCGUCUGCGUUGAAUUGCGGGCCUGAUCACUCGGAAAGCAAACUGUCGGGGUUUAUAAUUGGAACAGUCAUUGCACUUGGCGUGCUCAUUUCAGGGCCAAUAUCAGGAGGGUCGAUGAACCCGGCUCGAUCGAUGGGACCGGCUGUCGUGGCUUGGGAUCUCAAGGACGUUUGGGUCUACUUGACGGCUCCCGUGAUCGGAGCCUGCGUCGGCGUCAUAACGUAUCGUUCACUUUCCCUUAAAGCUACGGCUUGCUCUUCUUCUCCCUCACCCUCUGUCUCUGCCCUCCUACACUAACCCUCAUGUCCUCACUUAUGCUUUUGCUUAAUUUAAAUAAUUAAUUUUCCCUGCAAAAAUAAAAUUAAAAAAAAUAAUAUGAGUUUUAUGAUUUUUGUAAAUGGGUACAGGCAUAUUUGUACUUUUGGCCCAUUGGGCCUUCAUUGGGCCUGUUUCAGAUAA